AAAAGCAAACGCACGUGAAAAUCAAAGCCAAUAGAAAAAGACAAAUAAAAAUGAAUAGAAAACUGCGAUAACAGUUCGGUUUCUUAAACACGGAACCAUUUAAGUCGAGUUCAUAUGUAUGAAAAUAAUAUGUUCGAUGAACGGCAACAGUGCGUAUGAGUGAUGGACAAAGUAAUAAUGCUGGAGAGUCAGUGUGGAAAGUUUAAUCGAAGCUAUCUUUCUAAUUUUACGCUGCUUGUAAAAAAUGGACGGAUAAAUCUGGAACUGUACUUGCUAAGGGAUCUGGUCUCGGGUGUGACAAUGGAUAUGGAGUUCCUUAUUAGCAUGCAGAACUCCAAUAAGUAUCAGAAAAUUUUUCAAUACACUCUGGAUAUGUGCAAUAUGCUAGCACAAAAGAGGAAUAACAUCUUUAAAAAAUGGUUCGCAACCUUCUUCGAUGCCGGAAACUUCAAAACGUAUUGCCCAGUAGAACCAAACGUAUACUACCUAAGGAACUACAAUUAUAACACUCUUUACAUCCCAAAAUUUUUGUAUGCAGGAAAGUACCGAGUGAAGUUUGACAUGAAUCAGUUAAGGAGUAACAAUAAAAUCAGAGAUUUCGUGGUGGGCUGUGCCUUUGUGGUUGAAAUAAAGUAAGCGGAGAACAA